GGGCGUGUCCCUGAUGGGGGGCGUGGCCUGGCGUGGUCGUUGGCGGGGAGAGCGCCGCUUCCGGGGCGGACCCGGCAGUGGCGGCGCGGCGCGGAGAUCCCAGUAACCAGCCAAGACCACGAGGAAUCCGCUCGCCAUGGCGGAGGAGAGCGCGGUCGCCGACCAAGAACGGCUCCUGAAGAGGGUGCAGGAGCUGGAAGAGGAGGUGAAGAGGCUGCAGGAGAAGCUCCUGGAGGACAAGGAAGGCCCUCGCGUGGGAGACGCUCCUCCGGCAGCCGGGAAAGGCAGGAAACGCCAGCAGCGGCCGUUCGACUUCGGCGCCUACGGCCGCAGACACGUGGCACUGAAGAUCGCCUACCUGGGCUGGGGCUACCAGGGCUUCGCCAGCCAGGAGAACACCAGCAACACGAUCGAGGAGAAGCUGUUCGAGGCGCUGAAGAAGACGCGGCUGGUGGAUGACAGGCAGACCUCCAACUACCACCGCUGCGGGCGGACGGACAAGGGAGUCAGCGCCUUCGGCCAGGUGAUUUCCCUAGAUCUGCGCUCAAACCUGUCAGAGGGGAAGCAACUAAACGGUCACCGGGGUGACGCGGAGGGCGAAGGCUGCGAGGAGGAGCUCCGCUACACCCAUAUGCUGAACAGGGUGCUCCCGCCUGACAUCCGCGUGUUGGCCUGGGCCGCUGUGGAGCCCGGCUUCAGCGCUCGGUUCAGCUGCCUCAGGAGGACCUACCGCUACUUCUUCCCCUGCGCCGACCUGGACGUGGCCCUCAUGGACGCCGCCGCCCAGAGAUACGUGGGCACCCACGACUUCCGCAACCUCUGCAAAAUGGACGUCGCCAACGGCGUGACCAACUUCCAGAGAACCGUCCUGGGUGCCCGGGUGACGUGGGCGGAUGGCGGAGCGGCAGCGGGGCCACCGGACCCUUUCCGCCUGUGCCAGUUCGAGGUGACGGGGCUGGCGUUCCUGUACCACCAGGUCCGCUGCAUGAUGGCCAUCCUCUUCCUCAUCGGGCAGAGGAUGGAGAGCCCGGAGAUCAUCGAGGAGCUGCUGGAUGUAGAGAAGAACCCCCGAAAGCCGCAGUACAGCAUGGCAGUCGAGUUCCCCCUGGUCCUCUACGACUGCGAGUUUGAGAACGUCGAGUGGCUCUACGACCGGGAAGUGCAGGAGUUCAACGUUACGCACCUGCAGCAGCUCUGGGCCAACCACGCGGUCAAAACGCAAGUGCUGCGGGACAUGUUACGGGGCCUAGACGCUGCUCCCGUGCCUACUGAGAAAGGCGCAGGAAACCUCAGUGUCGCCCUUUGGGGAGAUCGGAAGCCUCCGGUGCGGCGCCAGGCCAGCGGCUUUGUGGAAGGAGUCAAAGCCCGCGCUUACAAACCGCUGCUGGCCCGGCCCAAGUGCGAGGCCUUGGAGGCCCGCAUCCGGCACUUCGCGCGCAGGGGCCGUAUCGAAAUGCCGCGCGGAGACACCCCCGGCGAGCCGGAGCCUAAGAGGAGCCACGGUGACGAGGACAGCAACGCUGGGGACGGUGACACCAUGGAAAACAGCACCGCCACGGAGGACGGCACCACCGCCGCGGAGCAAGCGGCCAAGCGGGUGUGCGUAGGUGCCGAGUGACAGUGACAGGCUCCCUCGGGGGGCAGCACUGAAAGGCCGCAACGAGGGCAGCGCUUUCCCCCCCUUUUUUAACUGCAGUUUCGCGUUGGUGCUUUUAUAAAUUGUAGUGAAUCCUG